CUGUGAUUGGUCAAGUGUCUCAUGGCCGCGGGGUAAAAACUGUGAAUGGCUUCAAACUGACGCGGCUGUAAGAAGAUUUAUAAUGUUUUGUCAGCACUUCAGCAAAUGUGGUCAUUUGAUGUGACAUUCUUCAGGACUGGAUUGUAACGGGAAAACAAUGUCGAACAAUGAAGGUCCUCACAGUCCGGACAGGCUGAAUAAAUUCGAGAGACUAACAGGCAGGCCGCCAUACGGUGAGACGCUACCAGCUCAUCGUACUCCCCCUGCCCGCAGUGGGCAUCGCUGUGUUGCUGAUAACACUAACCUGUAUGUAUUUGGAGGAUACAACCCUGACUAUGAUGAGUCAGGAGGCUCGGACAAUGAAGAUUAUCCACUGUUCAGGGAGCUAUGGAGGUACCAUUUUGCCACAGGCUGCUGGCAGCAGAUACGAACAGAGGGCUACAUGCCCACAGAGCUGGCAUCUAUGUCAGCUGUUUUGCACGGAAACAACCUCCUGGUGUUUGGAGGCACGGGGAUCCCCUUUGGUGAAAACAAUGGCAAUGAUGUUCAUGUUUGUAAUGUGAAGUACAAGCGGUGGUCACUGCUCAACUGUCGUGGGAAGAAGCCCAACAGAAUCUAUGGACAGGCAAUGGUCAUUAUAAAUGGCUUCCUGUAUGUGUUUGGAGGGACUACAGGGUACAUUUACAGCACAGACCUGCACAGGCUGGACCUGACUACCAGGGAGUGGAUCCACCUCAAGCCCAACAACCCUCCUGAUGACCUGCCUGAGGAACGGUAUAGGCAUGAAAUAGCACAUGAUGGACAGAGGAUCUACAUUCUGGGAGGAGGAACAUCCUGGACAUCUUAUCCUCUGGACAAGAUACAUGCAUACAAUCUUGAGACCAAUUCCUGGGAGGAGAUUACAACUAAACCUCAUGAUAAAAUAGGGUAUCCUGCUCCUAGGAGAUGCCAUAGCUGUGUGCAAAUUCAAAAUGAUGUAUUUAUCUGUGGAGGUUAUAACGGGGAAUUGAUAUUAGCUGAUCUAUGGAAGAUCAACUUGCAGACCUUCCAGUGGAGUAAACUUCCAGCAGUGAUGCCUGAGCCAGCCUAUUUCCACUGCGCUGCUGUUACUCCAGCUGGCUGUAUGUACAUCCACGGUGGUGUGGUGAACAUCCAUGAGAACAAGAGAACUGGCUCUCUGUUUAAGAUCUGGCUGGCAGUGCCCAGCCUGCUAGAGCUAUGCUGGGAGAAGCUCCUUAAGGCCUUUCCCCACCUGACUUCACUCCCUGCCAUGGAGUUGCUUAACCUGGGACUCACACAGGAACUCAUUGAACGCUUGAAAUAGGCCACACAGUGGAAGACGGACAGACAAAUGGAUGCGAUGGGCAGGGCUGACACAAGAUGGUCUGGCAGAACUGGAUUCACAGGAUGCUUCUUGGGAAACUGGCCCCUCCACUCUCCUGCUUAAUGUAGCCCCGCCUUAAAACCAAAAACAAUGGGAUGCGUUUUUUGUUUUCAUUCUUAUAUUUUCAGUUAGUGAUAAUGAAGAAAAUAAAUGUGGAAUGUUUUAUGGAUUUUAUCCCCCUGCCACCACUGUUCCUUACAUGAUGCAUUUGUGUCAAGCUCCUACUGCUCAUCCUCCAGCCUGUGACAGCUGGAAAUACUUUAUUUUGCUAUGUUAUGUUUUCAAGACUGUCUGCUCCAACUUUAAAAAUACACCACCUCGAUUACUUUUAAUCAUUCUGUGCAGUGUGAAAAUGCAUGUAUAUUUAUUUGAAGGACAAAAUCAGUUUUUCUUUUAAUUCUGGGGGUAUUCUUAUCACCUGAUAUUGCUGCUUGCACACACUUCCAUAAUUGCAGGCAUUUACUUUAAUAGUUCCUAUAGGCAAAGGUGACCACAGUAAUGGUUUCAGUCUAACAAAUCAAACUGUGGAUCUGUUAAAGAACCAUGCCUGUGUUUUGCCCAUUUUAGCCAAUUUAAAUUGAAUCUCAUCUACAAUUUUAUAUUACUACUUAAAUAUUGUGAUGUUUUAGAUUUUUAAAAUGUUUGACUUUCCAGGCAGACAUUUUAUUUUCACUCUGUGGUAUGAAGAAAAACAAAAUCCUCCAGCAGCUUGAAAACUUGCUUGAGCAGUCAAUCACACUGAUUUUCAUGUCUGUUUUUAUUUGUGAAGUUAUGUUAAUCAGACACAGUGCUCACUGUGAGGGAUCUAAAAUUGCAGGUCUUUGUUUUCUAUAUUAUAUGAAGUAAGGAAGAACAUCGGUAUACCUUGAAUGUUCAUGAGUAAUGUUGUAGUAAAUCAGCUACAACUUGCAGAAAUGUUUAAAAUAUGAUUUUUGUUGAGCCCUUGUACUUCCCAGAUUCUGUUACAUUGAAGAUACAUCUAAGAGAAGAGGGUACAAUCACCUUAAUUUAAUUUAACUUCUAUCUGGUUUGCUUGCAGCUCAUUUGUAAACCAAACCAUGCAACACGUCACUGUGAAUUUGGUGCUCUACAGAGUUAAUUUAAAGUGCUUCUAUUUGAAUAAAGACAAUUCUGUUCAUA